AUGUUUGAGUUCUUCGGGCAAGAUUUCGUCCACAAAUUCAUCAUAUCCGACCAUCAUGAUUCUUUAACCAUGCUCAGUGCUUGUCGACUGCUCAGUUACGCUCAUUCGAUGGCCCUAACUGGCCUGGGCACCAGGACCAUGCUCCUGGAGCUGAAGAGUCAUGUCAUCCAGAAUCUUACUGCCAACUUAAAGUCCUCGAACUUUUUGCUCAGCCCUCAGAGCCUGACUGCUAUUUUGGUGCUGUCUGCUCCGAUUGUCUGCUUGGUUUCUCAUGAUUUACCGAAUCGUCUGAGUAUGUGGGAUUAUCUCAUUGCAUCCAUGCAAGACGACAACGUUUGCUGCCCGGAAUCCGCAGAAACAGCUCAGCGUGCUCUUAAGGAGCGGACCCUUCAUCGUCAAGCGACGCGAAGGCUUUUUGACACCAGCAGUGAAAGCUAUCUGGACGCCGAGAGCACCACUUUGUUACGCUAUGUCUCUAACUGGAUGAAUAUAUCAAUGGCCCUCGAUGCCGCAAGCUACCAAAAUACUCCUUCGGCUAGGAUUACAGACCUGUUCCCUCCAACGGGUUCAUGCGACGACUGCCCCAUUCCUGAUGCUUGGGCUUCGCCUCUCACUUCCAAGAGCGUUACUGGAACCUCUACAGCACCUGUGGAAACAAAAACUCUUGUUCUUGCUUACACCGUGCAAAGAUGGCUUUCGACUUUCUUCCACGGAAGUGCGCACAUCUCUGUACCAACGAAACAUGUUCUUCAAGACCGUCGAGAAUUACGCAAGAAUAUUGAAAAUUUCGAGCCUGUGAGCGCCACCUCAACUCCCGAGUUGGAAGCUAUAGAUCGAGAGUAA